UUAAUCAAUUUUCCCAGCACCAGCAGUCGCACGGACAUGUCAGAGGGCCAAACACCGGAUUGGGACAUCAACGAUGCCGUGGUACCACGCGUGGCCGCCUUCGACGCCUUUAGCGAGUGGUGCGACGGCCACGUGAGACGCGUAUACCCGCCGGCCUGCGAAGAAGCGAGACGGCACGCGUCGGGCUGGGCCAUGCGUAACACCAACAACCAUAACGUGCAUAUACUGAAGAAAAGCUGCCUUGGGGUGCUUGUCUGCUCGCAGCGCUGCCGCCUACCUGAUGGCUCAAGAGUGCAUUUAAGACCCGCCAUUUGUGAUAAAGCCAGGAAAAAGCAGCAAGGCAAACCCUGCCCGAAUAGGAUGUGCAACGGUGGUCGUUUAGAAGUUCUACCAUGUAGGGGUCACUGCGGCUACCCCGUCACACACUUCUGGCGGCAUACGGAACACGCCAUCUUCUUCCAAGCGAAGGGCGCUCACGACCACCCAAGACCUGAAGCUAAGGGCGCCAGUGAAGUCAGGCGAUCUCUUGGCGCUGGUAGAAGAGUCAGAGGGCUAGCACUUUUGCUGGCAAGAGAGGCAGCCAUAGCAGACAAAAUACUAACGGUGAAACCUGAUAAGCAACAUGCGCAGAAAGUGUGCAAUACACAUCCGCAACCUCCACCACUUAUACCGGAUAACCAAAGAGGACAACUGACUUGCACGUGUGGGCCCUUCGAGUGCUCAUGUCGGUGGCGAGUCGAGCAGACACCUGAGAGCUACGCGACCGCGGGCUGGUCGCCGCCGGAGCCGCAAUACCAGCAGUACAUACCUCCCGCGGUACCCAGCAACAUACAGCAACAACAUUACGACCCUACCGCGCUACCAGCCGACGACAUCUUCCAUCCUGAAGAAAUCUUCCAACUUGACCAACCGAUCAGACUAGAUUUCCCAAUAGAAGAACACACUUUAGAAUCUCCACCCACGUUCGCUGAUCUCAACAGUGAAAACUCGAGGCCUGAAGACGCGUACUGGCCGGACUGGCAACGAGCUGCGGGCGGCUCGGAGUCCAGUGAGACCCCUUCACCAGAACUCUUCGGCAGCGGGUACCAGCAGACUGAGGCUUACUGCGAGCAGCAAGCGUACAUCCCUCAGGCGUAUUACCCUGAAGAAGCACAAUACUAUCCUACUGAAAGUCGGACCUCGCCCAUUAUGGACAUGCAGGAGCAGAGGUUCUACAGAUACGGCCAAGAUUGCUCGCAGACCAACCUAGACAUGCAGGCCUGGAACUACUCUGACUGCGCCUUCACAUCCAACGACAUGUCAGAGUGCAAACAAUACUUCGACGUCCAGCACCAACAGGCGGUGAACGCGUUUAGCGGCCUCUUAUAAUAAUGUUCCUGUACAUAGACUUGUAAAUUGUAAAUAAGCUAGUCGUAAGUAGAUGUAAGUUGUUAAUUUUGUCUCUAAGAUACAAAGAUAUAAUUAAGUAUUAUGUUCCUACAUGGUUUUAAAUAAACAUAUCUCCUUUUGAAACGUGAGAAAAUAAAAAACAGUUUGUAUAAAAUGGUCUAUUUAUUGUAUAUAAAAAUUACAUUAAAAUUGUCAAUUUUACAUUUUUAAUUUCU